AAUAAACAGGGUGAAAGUGGCCAUGCCUUCUGAUGUGUCAGAAUAUACUAUUGGGGGAGUGAAGAUUAUAUUCCCUUGCAAAGCUUACCCAUCACAACUAGCUAUGAUGAAUGCUAUUGUUAAGGGGCUAAAUAACAGGCAACACUGUUUGUUGGAGAGCCCCACAGGAAGUGGCAAAAGUUUGGCAUUACUUUGUUCUGCACUGUCGUGGCAGCAAUCUUUGUAUGAAAAGUUGCUGGUUAAAUCAUCCAGUGACAAGGAAGACAGAAAGCCAGAGACUUCGUUGCCAUGUCGCUGUACAUGUCAUUCCCAAUCUCAGAGCAAAGAGGCUGCAGCAAAUGUGAAUCAUGGUGCUUCUUGUUCUUUUAAUGGUUAUGAAGCAGGAAGUUCCAUAAAAACUGAAACCCCAUUAACAAACACAGAACAUAAUGAAACUGAAACCCUAGCUUCAAAAUUGUCUGCUAAAAAAAGAGCAUCCGUGUGUGACAGUGAAAAUGAUGAUUUUCAAGUAGACAGGAAAAGGAUUCGCUCUUUAGAAACUGAGCAGCAGGUUAGAAAACGUCAUUGUUUUGCAAAAGGAGUGCAGUUAGUUGAUGCUUUAGAAGUUUAUCAUCAGAGAAAGAAUGGGGAGCUGGUUGUUCAUGCUGAAAAAGGUGGGAAAAGCCCUGUUUUUUCUCCUAAAACAUCUUCUGACCCAUGCAGUCAGUGUUCCUGUUCUUCUGGAAAAGAAACUGAAAAAGAUGCUAGUAAGGCAAAGAAGAAAGAAAACGGGGAUCAGACAUCCAUCCCCAAAAUAUUUUUUGGCACACGAACACACAAGCAAAUAUCCCAGAUUACCAGAGAGUUGAAGAGAACAGCGUAUUCCGGUGUCCCUAUGACAAUUCUUUCUAGCCGGGAUUAUACCUGUAUUCAUCCAGUGGUAUCUAGUAGUGCUAGUAAUAGGAAUGAAAUGUGUGUAGAGCUGCUGGAAGGAAAACAGGGCAAGUCUUGUCUUUAUUAUCAUGGUGUUCAUAAACUCAGUGAGUAUCAUACGCUACAGUUGGCACAUCAGAAAUGUCAAGCGUGGGACAUUGAAGAUCUUGUGAGCCUGGGCAAGAAGCUUCGUGCCUGUCCCUAUUUUGCGGCCAGGGAGCUCAUGCUGGGGGCAGAUAUUGUAUUUUGUCCUUACAAUUAUCUCCUAGACCCACAGAUACGAGAGAGCAUGGAUAUUAACCUAAAAGGCCAAGUAGUCAUUUUAGAUGAAGCCCAUAAUAUUGAGGACUCUGCUCGGGAGUCAGUGAGCUACAGUGUGACAGAAAAUCAGCUAAGAUCUGCUCGAGAGGAGCUGGAUCUCAUGGUGAAUAACAACAUCAGGCAGAAGGAUCAUGAGCCCCUACGGGCUGUGUGCUGCUCCCUGGCAAACUGGUUACAGGAGAGCUCAGGUCAGCUAGUAGAAAGAGGGUAUGAAACUUCUUGUAAAGUUUGGAGCGGAAGAGAAAUGCUCACCUUUUUCCACAACAUGGGAAUAACGAAUAUUACCUUUCCCGUUCUACAGAAACAUUUUGCUGCUGUCCUGGAAAAGGAAGAAAAAGUAAUGAUGUUUGGUAAAGAAGAAGUUAUUGAGAUACCAGUUGUGAGCCCUGCUACUCAAAUUAUGCUAAAAGGGUUAUUCAUGAUUCUUUUAUAUCUUUUUAAAGAUAAUAGCAGGUAUGCAGAUGACUACAGAGUUGCUUUGCAGCAAACUUACGCUUGGAUCAGCGAAAACCAGUCUGAUGUUUCAGACACAAAUGGCUUCUUUGCAAGGACCAAACAUAAAAGGAAUUCACGGCAGAAAGCUUUAGUCCACAUGCUUAACUUUUGGUGCUUGAAUCCAGCUGUGGCUUUUUCAGACUUAACUGAUGUUAGAACAAUUGUUCUGACAUCUGGUACGCUCUCUCCAAUGGAUUCGUUUUCUUCAGAACUCGGUGUCAAGUUUUCUAUUCAGCUUGAGGCAAAUCAUGUCAUUCGGAACUCGCAGGUUUGGGUUGGCACCAUUGGAGCAGGCCCUAAUGGUCGGAAGCUCUGUGCUACAUUCCAGCAUACAGAGACCUUUGAAUUCCAGGAUGAAGUGGGAGCACUUCUGCUUUCGGUGUGUCAUACAAUAGGCCAAGGAAUUUUGUGUUUUUUGCCAUCUUAUAAGAUGUUGGACAAAUUAAGAGAUCGUUGGAUGCAUACCGGCUUGUGGAGAAACCUGGAGCAGGUCAAGACAGUCAUUGCAGAACCUCAAGGAGGAGCAAAGAGCGACUUUGAUGAACUGCUUAAAAUAUACUAUGAUGCAAUAAAAUGUAAAGGAGGAAAAGAGGGAGCACUCCUGAUAGCUGUGUGCAGAGGAAAAGUGAGUGAAGGCUUGGAUUUCUGCGAUGACAACGCCCGGGCAGUUAUAACCAUAGGUAUUCCGUUUCCAAACGUGAAAGACCUGCAGGUUGAAUUAAAGAGGAAGUACAAUGACCAGCACAAAAAUAAGAGAGGGCUUUUAGCAGGGAGUCAGUGGUAUGAAAUUCAAGCUUAUAGAGCUCUCAACCAAGCCCUGGGAAGGUGUAUAAGGCACAGGAACGAUUGGGGUGCUCUUAUUUUAGUUGAUGACCGCUUUCGGAUUAACCCUAAUAAAUACAUAACUGGGUUAUCUAAGUGGAUUCGGCAGCAAAUUAAGCACCAUGAAAAUUUUGGUAGUGCACUUGAAUCUUUGGAUACAUUUGCUAGAAAAAAUCAAACAGGCGUUGGUGGUUCCUCACAGUGCAACAGUGAAUUUCUGCACGUACCUUCCAGCUCAAAAGACCUGUCACCACCUUCUUCGCUGGAGGCUUCUAUUCAUCUAUCACCAGAUGUCCCUGCUGAAAAUGAGAAGCAAAGUGGCCAGAAAGUUGAUGCAGAGGGUCAUUCUCGCUGUGCAACACAAAGAGAAAAACAUAUGGACUCCACACCCAAAAGGCUUGCCACUGAAACAGAGAGAGAAAAAAAGAACACUCGGACUAAUGCUGAUUUUAUGAAAGAGCAUUGCUGCCUUAAACCAUUGACUUCAACACCUUUGUCUGCAGCUGAGAACUACACGUCCAUAGCUAAAGGCAAGCACAAGAAGAAUGUGAACAAGACUAGUGAACUUAUUGAUAGUGUAAAUCAAUGCCAGUCAGCAUUCAUUACAGAACAUAAACCAAGUGCACCAGCAUCGUGUUUGGGAACAAGGAAUUUUUUCCUUAAAAAUACUGAGGCUGCAGUUGCUGAAGAGGGGGACCUUGGGGAGCCACAACUUUGUGAUGGGGAAGUUGAGCCCCAUAGUGAACUUAUUUCAAAAGGGGGCAAAUCUGAACUUGUUAAGUUAAAUGUAUCUGCAGAAGAUGAGGAUGAGGAUGAGAGUAUCUACUAUACACCAGAACUCUACGAUGAUGUAGAACCAGAGGAACAGAAAAUCAGUCCGCUAGUUCCAGCCAGUAAUAAAGCUGAGAAUUGGAUUGAACAAGAAAAACGCACCGAUUUUUUUGAAACCAACACCUCAAAAACACUAAGUAUCGUUAAAGAAACAAUUAAUGAUGGUGACAUAAAGGCAAGUUUACGUGGAAUAAAGCAAAAUGAUGGGAGUAAGAAUAGCGCAGUGAAUAAUGUGGUAGACGUGACUAGUGGAGUAGAAGCAGAGCAGAUAGAAUCUCAAGAAGUGGACAACAAAAAAAUGAAAAUCAGUCUUUCCAGAUCACGAAAUAAAGGUGUGUCAUCUUUCCUAUUGAGCAAUACUAGCACGUAGUAUCAGGUUUGAUGGGACGUAUAGGGGAAAAAACUUUCUGAUAUAGCCUCACUAU